AUGCGCUCCGGUCACAGCUGCUCUGUCGGCCCAGGCCCGGCGCCUGCAGCCUGGCGGGGAACUGGGGGCCUGGAGUCCGCGGCCCUGCCCAGCCCUGCCCAGCCACCGCCACCGCCACCGCCCGCCGACCCCCAGCCCGGGAGGGAAAUGGUGGUGGAGCCGCCGCCGCCGCCGCUGCAGGCUCCUCCUACCCUUUCGGUCAUGUGGCCCCCCCCCCUCUGGUCGCGGCGGGGGGCUGGACAAAGCCCCAGUGUGCCGGGCCCACGGCCCGCGGGACAACGGCAGCUUGUUGGGGCCGCGUGGGGCCGCCACUCCGGAGAAACGGGACGGGGCCGGACUUUCAUCGCCAAGGACUCUCUGCUCUUCGGAGUCUGCUUGGAACCGAAUAAGUGGAAUCAAAAUUACAAGGGCCAUGGAUUGUCAAAGGGAAAAGAGCGGAAAAUCAUUGGUCCUGAGCAAACGUUCAUUGCCUUAUCUUGCAGAGAGCAGAGAGCACCAAUCCGGUUCAAGACCACCCAAUUGAACACACUCAUGGAUGUCCUUCGCCACAGGCCAGGAUGGGUGGAAGUGAAGGACGAAGGGGAGUGGGAUUUCUACUGGUGCGACCUCAGCUGGCUCCGGGAGAACUCUGACCACACCUACAUGGACGAACACGUUCGGAUCAGUCACUUCCGGAACCACUACGAGCUGACCCGAAAGAACUACAUGGUGAAGAACCUGAAGCGGUUCCGGAAGCAGCUAGAGCGUGAGGCGGGAAAGCUGGAGGCAGCCAAGUGCGACUUCUUCCCCAAAACCUUUGAGUUGCCGUCGGAGUACCACCUGUUUGUGGAGGAGUUUCGCAAAAACCCAGGAAUCACCUGGAUCAUGAAGCCUGUAGCCCGGUCGCAGGGGAAAGGCAUCUUCCUCUUCCGCAGGCUGAAGGACAUCAUGGACUGGAGGAAGGACACAAGAAACUCUGACGACCAGAAAGAUGAUAUUACUGUGGAGAACUAUGUGGCUCAGCGUUACAUAGAAAAUCCGUACCUGAUAGGAGGCCGCAAGUUUGACCUGCGUGUCUACGUGCUGGUGAUGUCGUAUAUCCCGCUGCGGGCCUGGCUCUACCGGGAUGGCUUUGCCCGAUUCUCCAACACCCGAUUCACAUUGAACAGCAUAGAUGACCAGUAUGUUCAUCUCACCAACGUUGCUGUGCAAAAAACAUCUCCUGACUACCACCCAAAGAAGGGCAGCAAGUGGAUGCUGCAGCGCUUCCGGCAGUACCUGGCUUCCAAACAUGGGCCCCAGGCGGUGGAGACGCUCUUCAGGGACAUGGACAACAUCUUCAUCAAAAGCUUGCAGAGUGUGCAGAAGGUGAUCAUCAGUGACAAGCACUGCUUCGAGCUGUACGGCUACGACAUCCUCAUUGACCAGGACCUCAAGCCGUGGCUCCUAGAGGUCAAUGCAUCCCCAUCACUGACAGCCAGCAGCCAGGAAGACUAUGAGCUCAAGACCUGUCUCCUGGAAGACACCCUGCAUGUCGUGGACAUGGAAGCGAGGCUCACGGGAAGGGAGAAGCGAGUCGGGGGCUUUGACCUCAUGUGGAAUGAUGGCCCGGUUAGCAGAGAGGACGGGCCUCCUGACCUGUCGGGAAUGGGAAACUUUGUGACCAACACACACCUCGGCUGCGUCAACGAUCGGAAAAAACAGCUGAGGCAGCUCUUCUGCUCCCUUCAAGUCCAGAAGAAAGCUUCCAGUUGAUCCCCAGCUGCCAGAAGGAAAUCAGCCUUGGCAGGUACCACCCAGGCCUCCCUGAUUCCCAGAUCCCAGCACCUCACAGCACUCGCCUCCCCACCUCCAGCCUGGCACCAGCUUUGCUGGCUUAGCAACUGCAGCUUCCUACUUGAAUUAGGCCCCUUGGAUACCUCCAGCCCGUCCCCAGGCAUCUUUGCACCAGGAGACAGCCAAUCCCUGGGACUGGAGGGGUUUUAACCUUGACAGACUGACUUGGCAACUGGGCCCAAAGAGAACAAAUACAGCAAGUUCUGCUACC